AUGAGCACUGUAUCGGUGGCAGUAGGAACAGCUGUUGGGAUUCCAAUCGCUAUAGGCGUAACAAUAGCCUUAGCAUUUUGGUGUAUCCUACAACGACGUUACAGGAAAGAAGAAGCUAGAGAUGCUGAUUUAGAAAAGUUGGUAGGGGAAGAAGUGGCAGUAUCGGUUUAUGAAAGUUUUAAAGCAGAAAUUAGUAGCUCGAGUGAAGCUUCCUCGAUGAAGGAAAAGAAAGCAGAACGAGACCUUAAACCUGGCAAUGAAAUAAUCACCAAGGCGGGGUAUACACCAGCGUAUAGAAGGAAAUUGAAUUCUAGUAUGGGUAUUUUGCAUCCAAAAAGUGGACGUACUGCGUACAUCAAUGUCCCUAUCAUUUUCAGCGGUGAGAAGAUGGAUUAUGGGCUGGUCAGGGAUCCUUCAGACAGUUUUAUGUAUCCGCUGACCUUAACGCGCAAGAAGACGAGUAGUGUAAGGUCUGCUUCUAUGACAGACCUAUCAUCGAGUACAAGGAAUACCAGCCUACUCGAAGAAACAAAACUGGAUGACCCAUACGAAAACGAAUUUACGAAUUAUAUUGCCAAUAAAAGAGAGUUUAUCAAUAGCUUACGACCACAAUAA